AUCUUUUGUUUGUUUGUCUCCCUUUCACUUUCUUAUGAAUGUUGUAGUAAAGCCUGACUCAUUCCCGUGAUCCUUCCUAGUAGUGAUAAAAACAAACUUGGGGCUCUGUCUUGAUUUCGCUAGAAGAAUUGGGGAAAACUUUUUUAGGUGAAGACUUCAUUUAAGUUAGUUUUGUUUAAAUGCAAGCAGCUCCUCCUUUAUUUCUAGUUUUUAUCGAAAUUGGUGUAGUAAUCUCUUGGAACUGGUUUCAGAUUUUAUUUAGGGAAUUGCACACACUUCUUUUGGGUUUUGUGAUCCAGUGCAUACCAUUCUAGUGGUUGAAAAAGGGCAAUCGGAGACUUUUAGGUCAAUGUCAGCUCCACCGCGAGUUCGUUCUGUGGAUUCAUCCGACCGAGGAGAAUUCCGAUCAGUUCUUGGUCCCGCCGGUAACAAGCUGCAGCAGAAACCGUUGUCUAAGCCGGUGAAGAAGCAAGUGGCUGACAAAACUAAAAAAAAACCCAACUUUACAGCGUCGUCUCCAAGUCCGACGAAGAAGAUGCCUCAAUGCUCGCCUCUACUAAGCCCUUCAAUUCUCAGACGGAAUGGUAUCUCGAUGUCCGCUUCGUAUUCUUCUGACGCGUCGUCUUCUUGCGAGUCGUCGCCGUUGAGUAUGGCGUCUACUUCUAGCGGGAAGAGGGCUUUGCGCCGCCGAAAUGGGUCUGUCUCUUCUUCACUGACAAGGAAUCUUACUGAGGAGAGAGAUGAGAAGCCUUGUGGUGAUUGCUUCUCUGACGGCCGUAAAAGAUGCGCUUGGAUCACUCCCAAAUCUGACCAAUGUUACAUUGCUUUCCAUGAUGAAGAAUGGGGAGUUCCUGUCCAUGAUGACAAGAAACUUUUCGAGUUAUUAAGCCUGUCUGGUGCUCUUGCUGAACUAUCUUGGAAAGACAUACUUUCCAAAAGACAAUUAUUCAGGGAAGUUUUCAUGGACUUUGAUCCAGUUGCGAUAUCUGAACUACCUAAUAAAAAGAUAACAUCCCCUGACAUUCCUAUCACCGCGUUACUAUCAGAGCUAAAGCUACGGUCAAUCCUUGAGAACGCAAACCAAGUUAGCAAGAUAAUAGUUGAAUUUGGAUCAUUUGACAAGUACAUUUGGAACUUCGUUAACCAGAAACCUACUCAGAGCCAAUUCCGGUACCCACGACAAGUCCCUGUGAAGACUUCCAAAGCCGAACUGAUAAGCAAAGACCUUGUUCGCAGAGGCUUUCGCAGUGUCAGUCCAACGGUUAUUUACUCGUUCAUGCAAACAGCUGGUCUCACAAACGACCAUCUCACUUGCUGCUUCAGACACCAUGAUUGCAUGACAAAGGACGAGACUGAUGUUUUUGUUGUCAAGCUAGGAGGAGUUUCUAAGCCGAAUGUAUUGGAGAUUGUAUGAAAAGGAUUACAUGUUACAUUUUCGGUAUCAAUGGAUUAUAAUCUACUCUC